AGUGAGCGCGGAUGAUGCGGUUUCCGGGAGAGCAGAUCCAGUGACGAGUGGGACAAGUUGAACAUUUGACUGUGUCCUGGAUGAUCUGAGCGUGUACCUGCAGGCUGCUCUCAGGCUGAUCCUCUGCAGAACACGCCCUCAUAGAAAAGGUAGAGACACCGUGCUGCUUACCUGAAAACAACAGCCCCAAUGCUCCACCUGGGGCUCACACCACCAGACACCUACCAAAUGAAAUUAAAACGAGUUAAUUUCCACAAACUUUGGUUUAUCCCGAGGAACUGUAUUCACGUCUGUAGCUGGGAGCUGCUGGACACCCAGCGGGAUUCGAGAGAGAAGUAAGGCUGGUUGUUGCAACAGCAGAGCGUUCACCCACCGGCUGGGCUGAGCACCAUGAGUAGGAAGGCACGGCGCUGGAUUUUCCAUUUCUUCCUUUGCCUUGGAGUAUUGUAUCUGAAGAUCGGGGGCCUGUCGUCGGUGGUUGCACUGGGAGCGAGCAUCAUCUGUAAUAAAAUCCCCGGCUUGGCCCCCCGUCAGAGGAUUAUUUGUCAGAGCCGACCCGACGCGAUCAUAGUGAUCGGAGAGGGAGUUCAGAUGGGCAUCAACGAGUGUCAGUUUCAGUUUAGACACGGACGCUGGAACUGCUCGGCCCUGGCAGAGAGGACCGUGUUCGGCAAAGAGCUCAAAGUGGGCAGCAAGGAGGCUGCCUUCACCUACGCUAUCAUUUCUGCCGGGGUCGCCCAUGCAGUCACUGCGGCCUGCACCCAGGGGAGCCUAAGCGGCUGCGGCUGCGACAAGGAGAAACAAGGUUUUUACAACCAGGAGGAGGGCUGGAAGUGGGGCGGCUGCUCUGCAGACGUCAACUACGGCCUGGGUUUCUCUAAGGUGUUUGUGGACGCACGGGAGAUCAAGCAGAAUGCCAGGACUCUUAUGAAUUUACAUAACAACGAAGUGGGACGCAAGGUCCUGGAGAAGGGCAUGCGUCUGGAAUGCAAGUGUCAUGGUGUGUCAGGAUCCUGCACCACGAAGACAUGCUGGACGACGCUCCCCAUGUUCCGUCAGCUGGGAUACAUCCUCAAGGACAAGUACAACCAGGCUGUGCACGUGGAACCGGUACGAGCCAGCCGCAACAAGCGCCCCACCUUCCUUAAGGUCAAGAAACCCCACUCAUACCGCAAGCCUAUGGAAACAGAGCUGGUCUACAUUGAGAGGUCGCCCAACUACUGUGAGGCUGACCCUCUGACUGGCAGCAUGGGAACACAGGGCCGCCUGUGCAACAAAACGGCUCAGCAGCCCAACAGCUGUGACUUGAUGUGUUGCGGUCGAGGAUAUAACACACACCAGUACUCACGCGUUUGGCAGUGCAACUGCAAGUUCCUGUGGUGCUGCUAUGUGAAAUGCAACACCUGCAGUGAGAGGACAGAGAUGUAUACCUGUAAAUAGAAAUAUUUAUUCGAUGUGUAUUUAGACACACAGCUACACUGGACUGUGUGUGAAUAUGUUUCAGAAUAAGGUUUCUCUGUGUCUUGUACAUGCGUGAAGAGUAUCAGCCUUUCUGUGUUGGCAUUACAACAAUCAGGACAGCCGGUUCCUCCAAUGUGUGUUGAUUCUACUGAUGCCAAUGGACGUCUGCCACGACACUGGACUCAAGCUAUGGGCUCAAAUUUUCAAUUUGAAUGCCAUUUCCUGCCUCACACUUGACAUCUCUGCAGACCAUAAUGGUCUAUUAUCAUGAAUCACCUCAAAUAGUGAUAGUUUUUUUAAUAAUAUUAAUAACAAUCAUAAUUUAUUAAAGGAGAAAACUACUGAAGAUUUUGAAAUUUCACUGACAAUUCAUUGUAGAUUUUGAAAAUUCACUGUAGACUAAAUUGUAAAUUGGUGCACUUCAAGUGCACUGAAAAGCUAAACAAGUUCUCUUUUUUUAACAAGACAACUUACACACUGGAGCUGAGAACUGAAACGGUCUGAACAGAACUGAACUUGACUGUCCGUCAUAUUUGGAAGCCUGCAGUUUAUGUGCAUUAUGCCCAACAGAAUAAUAUUAAACUACUGUUCCGGGGCCUGCAUGAUAUAAUUGGUUUCUACUUGUUUCUAUCCCCCGUCCCCCAAAAUUCACUGCUGGCUGUCUGGAAAGUUCCAGAGUUUGUGACUGAGGAGCCAUAUUGACUAUUCAAUUUAACAUCACUGUGAGCUUCCAACAUAAAUUCCCCUGAAUAUAUAGGAUAUAUUUUGUGAGAGAUUAUUUUUAUAUUAUUUUGUUUUUAAUUUAUUUUCUAUUGCGAUGUAAGCUAUUUUCUCUUAGCAUUUCUAAAUGUUUAGUUAAAGUGUUUACCACUAAAACACUGUUCUAAAAAUGUGCCUUUUUAUUUAGCAGAACAUCAUAAUGUUUUAAUGAAAUGUGCUGUAUUGUGAUUUGUAACUCAUUUCAAGAAAAUUUGCUUUGUUACCAAUAGAGAGCCAAAGUCCUGAUGUCACUUCCAGGCUAGCUUCUGUUCUACCAACAUUGGCUCAAAUGACUCAGAGCUCAACGUUCACUUUUUAAAGUGGUCGGCUUAAGCAGGCAUAAGCUUUUGGUUGCUGAAAUUGAUAAGGUUGCCAUGUUUUAAACUGCCUAUAUUUGCAGCAGUACAUUUCAUGUGUAACUAUACCACACAUUUUAAUAAUGAAAUCAUGAGAAAAUGUUUUGCAAUUUAAUUUCUCAUCCCUUCUGAAAUAGGGGGUGCAACGGAUCACAAAACUCCCGGUUCUAAUCGCGGUUUGGAGUCACGGACCGGAUCAAUUCAAGGGGGGGAAUUUAAAUGAUUAUCAAAAUUGAAUAACUCAACAAUGAUUACUUCUUUCACUAGUAAUUUGCUGUUAAACAAAAACAGAUGAGAAAAGUUUUUUUUUUACAAUAACUUUGAAUGCACCGCAAGGUUUACCAGUUUACCAGUAAACUCAACAUUUUGUCCCGUUUGUGUUGUUUCUCCGAAAACAGAAGUGAUCAUUGUGCUAGUUUGUGUGUGUUAGCUCUCAGCUUUAGUGGCAGACUGUUGGACGUCCCACUGUUAGAAUCUUUUACAGUGAAAUACAGUCACACUUUUACACCGUUUAGCUGACAGCAUUUUAACCAUGUUC